AUAUUUGUAGUAAAAUUGUUACCAUAAGUGCUGUUCACUGGAAAUAAUGGCCAACUCUUAUAAAUGGUUGUUCUUCGCGGCUCUAAUAGCGGUCUGUCACUCGGAGACCGACGAACAAUCAUUCGACAAAAUGGUGGCCAGAUUUCUACACUUAGGGAACGGGAAGUUAUACCCGGAAACGGAUGAGUCCGCUAAGGAAUACUGCAAUAAAUCCGAGGCCUCGUUAUCGUCAGAAGAAGUUGCCGUUGGCUUUAGAUAUGGGGCUAGUUUAGACCCUAGAAUGCAGCCAUUGUUAAAACUAGUAAAUGAUAGCGAUAUCCGGGUAGUUGUGAGAUGGUAUUGCAACGCCAAAGACCAGGGUCAAUUGGGUAAGCUAUUGAAUACAAAAAUUCCCGAUGCUGAAAGUGUGAGGCACUCGGCUGUCGCCACUUUAGAAAGUUUGAACACAAGCCGGUCAUCUCUCGCUGAUGUCGUUUGUAUUAUAAGAUUAUACGUGACUAAAGUGCAGACCAUAUUUGACGGCACUCAGGCGGGCGAUAGUGUCCGCAAAGCGCUCACCCCUUACCCGAAUGUGAUUGCUUUUAUUGAACAUUUGAGCAAGGUGAAAGGCAGUGAAAAGUGCGAAUUAAUCGCCGCCCCCGCAGACAAAGUCAAGUAUAAGUCGUUUGUAGUGCCGAUCUAUAAAACAAUUGAUCGCUUUCUCAAACAUAAACCGUCACAAAAAUCAACUUCAAAUGUUAAAAAGAAAAGUUUUGAACAAACGAUUAUGGAUGAAAUACUUGAUGAUGAUGACGAUUUUUAA